ACAAGGGGACAAGGCCAAAAAAUAGAACACUAAUGAAAAAAGACACUGUUGAUACUUGAUAGUAAAAUAUUGAUACUAUUAAAUAUUAAUAUAAAAACAGAAUAUAACAGAAAAACACUGUGAGGAAUCAGAGGCAAAUAUGGAUUAUGAUUAUUUAAUUAAAUUUCUGGCUCUGGGUGAUUCUGGUGUUGGAAAAACCAGUUUUCUUUAUCAGUAUACAGACGGCCUCUUCAAUUCCCGAUUUAUUUCCACUGUUGGAAUAGAUUUUAGAGAAAAACGAAUGAUUUACCAAUCAAAAGGAAGAAAUCAUAGGAUUCAUUUGCAACUUUGGGAUACAGCAGGACAAGAAAGAUUUCGCAGCUUAACGACAGCAUUCUAUCGAGAUGCAAUGGGGUUUUUGCUUCUCUUCGACCUCACGAAUGAGCAAUCAUUUCUAGAAAUUCGUAAUUGGAUAGAACAGCUGAGGUUGCAUGCAUAUUGUGAAUGUCCUGAUGUGGUGCUAUGUGGCAACAAAGCUGAUUUGGAGGAAAAAAGAGUAAUCACUGAAUGGAGGGCUAGAGAAGUUGCUGAAAAACAUGGCCUCUCCUAUUUGGAAACCAGUGCUGCAACUGGACAAAACGUCAAUAGAGCAGUUGAAACUCUAUUGGAAAAGGUGAUGAUUCGAAUGGAAUCUGCAGUAGAUAAGGCCAUGCUGCCAGGAAGGCGAGGAAGACCCAGAGACAUUACUGACUCUCAAUUGAUUGGCCCACCGAAUCAGAAAUGCUCUUGCUGAUAUUUGGGUUGUUAUUGAAUUUAUAUUCAAUACAACACUGGUGAGAUCAUAAAAGUCAGUGAAAUUAAAUUUAUUCAAAAAUAUGACCAAUUCGUUUAGGUACUAAUAAUGCUAUGCUUGAUUUACUGAAGUAUUCGGUACAUAAAUAAUUGCUGACAAUUCAGCCUAUACUCUUCAACUCAUUAGUGAGUGCCCAGUUGAAUUCUGAAAUGAUAUAAAAAAGCACAGAUAUUCUGGAAUAUAUUGACCUAGAUGUUCGCUUUUCAGUAUCAUGAGGAUAUUCAACUUGUCUACUCCUAAAGUUAACUGAAAAAUACGGCAAUUGGUUGCCAACAUUUUCAGUGAUUUCUGAUAUUUUCGAAUGGCUUUUGAUUUGGCUAAUGGUGAUGGUUUCCUGGUAAUAUCAUUUUGAUGUCAAGUUGACACUCAAAAAUGUCCUGUGAUUGAAAUUAUCAUUAUCUGCGUUAUAUGCGGUGGUCGAGAUGUGUCUUCCGUGAUUAUUGGGGCUGGCAGUACAUACAUCCUAAAACAAUGUCACUAAUAUCUGUGAAUGCAUGGACUAUUUCCGUAAAUAUAAACUAAUUUCAGAUAGUGAAUAAUAUGAGAGGCAUACCAGCUUGGAAUAUGAAGUUUAAAAUAUAUCAGCCUAUAUAUUAUAUCAAGGAUCUUGUAUACUAUAUCAUUCAAAUUUUCUUCUGCUUCAAUCAACAUUUUUUCAAAUAACCCUUCCUCACACCAAAAAAUCUUUGACAUAUUUGUUUAACUUUCAUCAUACAGAUAGAUAACUUGAUUAUGAAUUUUGAUUGAAAUUUUCCUCGAAAUCAAUAUAACUUUACAAUUUGUUAAAUGAAAAUUAUUUUCCCCUUCUUUAGAUGGCUAUAUCUUCCUUAGUAUCCAUAUUCAGAAAUCAGUUGAUAAUGAAUAUAGUAACUUUGGUUUUGAUGUUCAGGGUUUCUAUAAAUGGCCGUUUAAAU